AUGCCCGCCGGAGCAACAGGACGCGCCGCCGCCCCCGCCCGGCCGGGGACAUGCCCGGGGCCGUGCCCGGAGUCGGUGGCAGAGCCCCCCCCCCCGCUGAUACGUGCUGGUGCCGCAGGCCGCAACGAGCCGCUGCGCAAGGAGCGUCCCAAGUGGAAGAGCGACUACCCCAUGACGGCCGGGCAGCUGCGCAGCAAGCGCGACGAGUUCUGGGACACGGCGCCCGCCUUCGAGGGCCGCGCCGAGAUCUGGGAUGCGCUCAAGGCGGCCGCCGGCGCCGUGGAGGCCAGCGACCACGGCCUGGCCCAGGCCAUCCUGGACGGUGCCAGCAUCACCCUGCCCCACGGCUCCCUGACCGAGUGCUACGACGAGCUGGGGAACCGGUACCAGCUGCCCGUGUACUGCCUGGCGCCACCCGUGAACCUCAUCCAGGAGCGCAGCGAGGACGAGGGCCCCGAGGCGGCGGAGCCGGCGCCAGGGGCGCGGCGCGAGUUCCCGCUCAAGGUGCGGCUGUCGACGGGCCGGGACGUGCGGCUGGGCGCCAGCAUGGCCGACACGGUGGGGCAGCUCAAGCGGCAGCUGCAGGCCCGCGAGGGCAUCGAGCCCGCCUGGCAGCGCUGGUUCUUCUCGGGGAAGCUGCUGACGGACCGCACGCGCCUGCAGGACACGCGGCUGCAGAAGGACUUUGUGGUCCAGGUCAUAGUGAACCAGCCGCCGCCCCCCAGGAACUGACCCGGUGGUGGGCACGGCCCCUAGGCCAUGGCACUCGGGCUGGCCCCGGCGUGGACGGGCACCGGGGCUCUGCCCUCCCAUGACCCUGGAGGAGUGGCCUGUGUCUGCUGGGCUGCUCCUGUGACAGGCGCUGACCGGGGCGGUGCCCGUGAGGGCUGGCGGGUCCCCCUGCCUGAGCCCCCUUGGACUGUGCUGCUCAUGCUGGAGGGGAGACCAGCAGGAGCUGCGGUGCAGGGCGCCCGCGGGGCCGGGGCCACCGUGUCCGUACUCUGUAUUUAUCAAUAAAUCCUUCCCAGCUC